AUCUAAAUGACAGAAUUUUCAUUUCUGGUGAACUAUCCCUUCAAAAGACCUCUUUAUCGUAGGUACAAAGGCAUAUUUACGUAGUGUUCAGGGCUUAUCAUGAAGAUAAGCAACCUAGAUUUACCUUAGAUGCUUUGGACUCUCUAUUUAUAUGAUGUAAGCACAUGCUACAUAAUAAAUAUUGGUGGUCAUGCCAUUUUGAAGGGCUAUUAAUAAAUUACAUACAUUAUAUAUUUUUGUAGGCAUCGGUUGCUCAAGCUGCUGUAAUGUAAUGUAUUUCCUAAACAAGACACAUUGUUUGAAAUGUUUUGGUUAACUGGGAGUGCUGCUGGGGGAUGCCAUCAGUAUUUAGAAUAAGUCAAUGUAAUUACCACAAUAAAAAUUAUAUAGGCUACACAAAAUUAAAAGUUUUCAAUUGGUGCUACAAUACACCACGUAACAACAGCAUGCUCUGUGCCUUACACUGAUUUACAAAGGAAUGAAACUACUUCUAUUUUUAGCAUACACAUAUGAUUUCAAAACUGUCUAGGUUUGUUACACAUAGUACAUAGUAGUUAAACACUGUUUAAACAAACACUCGUGGCCUUGCAUUGUGAAGUCCUCCAAAGGCGUAUAACUGCACAGACUCAAGUCUAUCGACUAGCGUUUGAAACCAAAACAGGAAGUCGUAAGUAUUGUGGGACGUGUAGUUCCGCUUGUAGGCCGUUGGUCUGGAUAACAACACACGAAGGAACCAAACAAAACAAAAUUAAGGAAACUUCCAAGGGACCGCGCUAAUACUGGUGCAUCUUCUACACAAUCAUGCCCGGCUUUACUUGCUGCGUUCCGGGAUGCUACAACAACUCACACCGGGACCGCGAUCUGCGGUUCUACACAUUUCCGAAGGAUCCCACUCAGCGAGAGAUAUGGCUGAAGAACAUUUCGCGGGCCGGGGUGAGCGGCUGCUUCAGCACUUUCCAGCCCACCACCGGCCACCGGGUCUGCAGCGUCCACUUUCCCGGAGGCAGGAAAACCUACACCAUCCGCGUCCCGACUCUUUUCCCUCUGCGCGGGGUGAACGAGAGGAAGAGCAGACGGGGCAGGAGCAGGAAGGUCUCCGCGGUCGUGCCCAUCAUCGGCAGCGUCGUUUCCACAGCUAAUGAGUCAGUGCCAGUGGAGGAAGAAGGGGACACCGAAAACGCCACCGUGGUGCAGAUAGGUCAGAACGGCCAGUACAUCACGCCCGUAGACUUCACAUCUUCAGGAGACGGCUCCUGCCUCACGGCGGUGGUCUCGGGCGGAAAUCUGUCCGGAGGCAGCGCAUCGUGCCCCGUGGCCGAUCUCGUGCUGUGCGGAGUUGAUCACUCGUACUCUCUAACCACCGGCACAACGUCCGCUGAACUGCUGCGGAAGCUGAAUGAGCAGCGGGACAUCAUCGCUCUGAUGGAGAUCAAAAUGAAGGAGAUGAAGAACACUAUCCGACAGCUGCGCGUCAACGAGGCACGGCUGCAGGAGGAGCUGCGGGAGCGGGACCGUCUGAUCUCCACCAACACCAUCAUUACGAGGAAACUCUGACGAACAACGCAAAGAAACGAUGGACUAAAGACGCAAAGGACGGUCUGUGUUCGGUGCUUCUGUAAGACAAGGCGACGACAAUGAAGUAUCAUCGUAGUUCUCAUUUAAAAUUUCUCCAGGACUCGGAUAGUAGACAAGCUGUGUGUUAGAGCGCAGAUACAGGAGUUCAACCUGUAUGCACGAGCUGUCAGGCACAGCGCUGCACGGGAACUGAGAUGAGUUCAGCAAACUGGUCCUUCUCAUUUAAUAUUUAAUGAUACACGUUUGUGUUGUUUGAGUGUUGGAGGCAGCAGACCCAAGAUCAGCCUACUGCCACACUUCAAUAACCAUGUUACAUGCACACAGAGACUGCUUCAUACCUGUGUAAACAACAGCUUAUCAUUUGGAUUUUCUUUGUUUUUAAUGUCCAAGUGUAUCAGAUCAGAGUUUCUGGUCCAGACGAACUGAUUCUUUACAUGCAGGUUAACGCAGUUAGAAAAGAUUAUUGGUUGGAAGUAAACUGCUUUUGAACUAUAAAUCGUGGGAGUUUUUUUGUGGUAUGACAUUUAAGCAAAUGGUUUAGUUCUGAAUCCGCUUUGUAAGAUUCUUUACCACAAAAGUUAUGAAUAUAUUGUGCACUAUAGAGAACUAUUUAUUUUCUAUUUGAAGCCUCGUGGCAUCACAUUUAUUCUAGGAAUCUUCAUUUUAAUGAAUUGUCUUAA